AUGAGCGCUCGUAUCUGUGUUGAUUAUCUCUCGCACGAAUGGCACGCAAAUGAUCUUAUCAACACACACCGUGAAAUACGACGUCAGGUACGCAAAGCACACAGCAAGCACAAAGACGACAACGACGACAGCAACAACAACCAUAGCAACCAAAGUGACAAGUAUCGACUUGCUCGCUUUGAAAACGCGCUAUGGCGACAAAUGGGUCGAACUUUGACCGAUCACCUUGGCAAACAUAAUCCUAUGGUGGAUCCUGCUGUUGUUGAUUGGCAAAAGGAAUCUGACAUUACAUGGCUCUAUGGUCCCAUGUAUGCUGUAGAAGAACAUGACGAUAAACCAUUAUCAUUGUUUACGCAGAAAAAGAAACGACGACAACGACAACGACAACGACAAGGCUCUGUACGAUUCGAUCCCAAUGUUAUUCAAUAUUCACCACCACCUAUUCCCACACCAUCACCAUCACCAUUAUCAACAUCCCAUUCAUUAUAUGCAUUCAUCGACAGCGAUGACGAGGAACACGAUCACGAUGAUGUUGUAGGCAACAUGUUUGCUGGUGUGAGCCAAUCCAUUCAAUCGUAUUUCUUUUCCACCAAGCAACCCUUAUCAGCCAUCAGACCUUUUAUGGUCGCCGAAUUUUCAAUUGUAUGGGCAGCAGCAGCCUUUCUAAGAUCAGUGGCGUCGGUGUUGGCCACAUGGGUCAUGUACAAAAGCCUGGGUCGGCUGAUUCGUCGUACUUGGCAAAUCCGGCAGCAGGAAGAACCAAGGUCCAAACAUAUCCAACAUGGCACAGCUACUAGUACCACCAACACCACGAUUCCCACUAUCAGUCAUAGUGAAUGA